CAGCCGGUCGGUCCAGACAGGGCACGUCUCCUGAUUCUGCUCAGCCACCCGACCAGACGUCUGACUGCAGGGCUGCAUCGUCACCAUGGAUCACCAGCCGCUGACCUACCCGACCACCGAAAAGGGCGCACGCAAGCCCAAGUGCGCGCGCUGCCGUAAUCACGGCGUCAUCUCGUGGCUGAAGGGCCACAAACGGCACUGCCGCUUCAAGGACUGCGCAUGCGCCAAGUGCAGCCUGAUCGCCGAGCGGCAGCGCGUCAUGGCCGCCCAGGUGGCGCUGAAGAGGCAGCAGGCGGCCGAGGACGCCAUCGCCAUGGGUCUGCGCGCCGUGGCCACCGGCUCCAGCUGCGCCUACCUGCCGCCCGGGCCCAUCUUCGGCAUGAACAUCACCCGGCCCCAGGGCGGCAGACCCGUGGCCGACACCGAGGCGGAGUCAGCCACCAGCGACGAGGAGUGCCGGGCGCCGGAGUCGGCGGUCGACGCCGGCAGUGACCAGUCAGAGCCGGCCGACCACAAGCCGGCCGUCGAGCCGGCCGGGCCCGACCCGUCCUGGUUCAGCCACAUGCAGAUCCUGCGCCGCAUCUUCCCCUCGCAGAAGACAGGCGUGCUCGAGGAGCGGCUCGAGGCGUGUCACAACGACUUGAUCAAGACGAUUGAGCACUUCAUCGGCACGGGCAGUCGCGUACGACAGCAGCUGCUGCGGCCGCUGCAGGCGUCGUGCGCGGCGCCGCCGCCGCCGCCGGCGCACCAGUCGCGGCUGUCGCCGUUCUCGGUGGAGGCGCUGCUGUCGCGGCCGAUGCAGCCGCCUCCGCUGUACCCGCCGUUCGCGCUUCUGCCGCCGCCCUGGCACCUGCGGCCGCCGCCGGCAGAGGUCGCCGAGCGGGAGGACAUGUGA